GGAGCAACAUGGCGGGGCUUUAACACUUGCCUUUUUGCUUUUUUAUUCAGAUUUUUUUUUUUUCUUGGAUGCACCUCCAUCUCCGGCUUUAGCAUGGAGCUGGGAAAAGUUCAUUUGAAUUUAAAGACACUUUUGCUGACAAUGAUGAUGUUCAAGUGGGGAACUCUCUGCUCGGCCACAUCAGAAAAAUGCCUGUCUGCGCCUUGCCAGAACGGGGCCACCUGUGUGGACACCAUGGAUGAUUAUGCUUGUAUCUGUACCAGAGAAGGUGUGCUGUACAUGGGCAAAAACUGUAAUGAACUUUACGAUGGCUGCUCCUUUGUGCCGUGUGACGACUGCACCAGCACCCCGGGGACGAGGGAAUACCACUGCAUAUGCCCGGAUGGACUCACAGGAGACAACUGCACCGAGGAGGUGGACGAGUGUCAGAGCAACCCUUGCUCCGAGCCUCGUUCUCUGUGUGUGGACCAGCUGUACGGAUACUUCUGCAGGUGUCCGGCUGGAUUUGGAGGUCAGGACUGCAGGACGCAUGUGACCGACUGCAUCGAUAAGCCUUGCAUGAACAAUGGUACCUGCGCGCUCCGGCCAAACGGCUUUGAGUGCCGCUGUGCAGCAGGGUUCAGAGGGAGGACCUGUGAGGAAGACGUGAAUGAGUGUUUGUCGGAACCCUGUCAGAACGGCGCCAUCUGUAUCGACGGAGUGGCAGAGUACCAUUGUUUCUGUGUGCCCGGCUUUCAGGGCCACAACUGUGAAAUAGACAUUAAUGAGUGUGCUUCUCACCCAUGUGAGAACAAUGCAACAUGCAUCAACGAGAAGGACCACUAUGAAUGUGAGUGCAUGGUGGGCUUCACAGGAGUCAAUUGUGAAACUGAAUUAGACGAGUGCGACUCCCAUCCCUGCCAAAAUGGAGCCACCUGCCAUGAUUUGAUUGGAAUGUACUCUUGUGAGUGCCUGGCUGGGUUUGACGGCAUCAAUUGUGAGGUUGAUGUAGAUGAGUGUGCCAGCCAGCCCUGUCAGAAUGGAGCCUUCUGCCAUGACCUGGUAAACAGCUAUGAAUGUGACUGCAGUGACACAGGGUUUGAGGGUGAGCACUGUGAAGUGGAUAUUCCUGAGUGUGCCUCAAAUCCCUGCCAGCACGGUGCCACGUGUAUAGAAGAAGUCAACGGAUAUGUUUGUCUUUGUUGGCCAGGUUAUGAAGGAGCAAACUGUGAAGUUGACAUUGAUGAGUGUGCAGAGCAGCCCUGUCAGAACAGUGGCGAGUGUUUUGAGCGCUCAGAUCCUUCUCACUGGGAGCUGGACUGGGAGCUCAGGUUUUCAGACGCAGUCGGCUACAUCUGCCAGUGCCAGGGAGGUUUCGCAGGAGAAAACUGUUCCAUAAAUAUAGAUGAAUGUGAAUCUGAACCGUGUCAGAACGGAGGCGCUUGUGAGGAUAAAGUCAAUGGCUAUGUCUGUGUGUGUCCUACUGGAUUCUUAGGUGAGCUGUGUGAGUUGAACAUUGAUGAAUGCGCGAGCCAGCCCUGUCAAAAUGCCGGCUGGUGUGAAGAUGGCAGAGGAUCGUACACCUGUCACUGUCCUGAAGCCGAGCCUGGCGACCUUCCAUGGGGAGGUGACCACUGUGAGGUUAAACUCUACGGGUGUGUUGGCCACAAAUGCCAGAAUGGAGCCAGUUGUCUCCCGACUUUGGAAGAGGGAAAGCACAGCCACACAUGUCUAUGUCCACAUGGCUUCUACGAUGAACAGUGCUCCACCAGAACAACGUUCUCACUGUCCACCCUUGGGUUCAUCCAUAUCCAGAUUGCGCUCAAAGAGAAAGUCCGCAGGGAGGUGGAGCACCGUGGUCACCAAGGUUUGGGGUUGCAGCUUCGCUUCCGGACAACCUUACCCAAUAUGUUAAUCUUCUACAGAGGAGAUCUGGAUAACUAUCUUUUCCUGGAGAUUGUUAACGGUGGUCUUCAUGCAAAAGCUUUUUCUGAAGAGUCUGAAUUGGAUGUUACAUUUGCUGGCCCGGUGAGUGAUGGAGACUGGAGGGAUGUUCAUGUGUUUUUGGAUAACGGAAGUCUAUUGUUGACCCUGAAGGGUCCUGACUGUGACAGAGAUGGAUGCACAGUCACAGAUGAUGGGGAACCUCCUUUCCAGCCCUCUCAAGCCUUCACUGAUGUUUACAUAGGGGGAGCACCAAAUGACCUUCUGGAACUCUCUUUAAGUGGUGCAGGAUUCCUUGGAUGUAUUGAAGACCUUAUGAUUGACUCGAAACCUAUCCUACCCCAAUUGCUUCCAGAGGACCAGGAUUUUGAGUUGGGCUGUUCCAAGACGGAGUGGUGUAAACCUGAUACCUGUCAUGGGCACGGCCACUGUGUGGAUCUGUGGACUAGCUACCAGUGUGACUGUUUCCGUCCCUUCCAUGGGGAAAGCUGCUCUGAAGAAUAUCUUUCAUGGACGUACAGCCAUGAGGACACAGUGAGUUUUAGCUCCUAUGAUUUGGAAGAGAGCCAUGGAAGUAACUUCAGCGUGUCUUUUUUGCUGAAGUCCCUGAAGCCAGACGGGCUGCUGUUCCAGCUGAGAAGAGCCCAUGCAGAAGAUGAGGGGGAGGCCUACUUCUCCAUCUACCUGAGGAUGGGGAGGGUUUUCGUCAGCUCCCUGCCUGACAGCUCCCCGCUGACAGCUCCUGUGUUUGUGACCACCGGGGAGAAGCAGCUUCUCUCUGUGGAAGUCAAACACACACAUGUGACGUUCGAUCAUGCAGGACUGAACUAUGGACUAGGAGAGAUCCCUGAGGUGGCUGUCCGGAGCGGAGAUAAGGCUUAUGUUGGAGGGCUUCCAGAAGGCUGGGACGCUGCUGAGUGGGGGGGGCAUUUUAAAGGUUGCCUCCAGGACUUUCGUCUUGAUGAUGCACAUUUGGAUCCGGGUGGGUGGAGCAGCCCAGAUGAAGUGGUUUAUGUCUCAAGUGAAGCUGGAAAUUGGAAGGAGGGCUGCAUCAGUGAUGAUGCCUGCAAGACCAAACCGUGUCAGAAUGGAGGGGCGUGCACCGUCACCUUCAACGACUUCACCUGUUCUUGUCCGGAGGAAUACACGGGGAAGAACUGCCAAACACGAGUUUGGUGUGUCAGCAAUCCUUGCGUCCACGGCGGCUUGUGCUUGGACCUUCCUAACGGAUAUGAAUGUUUGCACAACGCCACGUUUGAGAGCAACCCAGUGCAGUACAGUGCUGCAGGCUCUCUGGCUGGACCCAUCGCUGACAUCUACAUGGAGCUGCGGACCCGGUCAGAGAACGCUGUGCUCCUGAGGGCCUCCUGGGGCUCCAAUCUGCUGGUUGUGGGCAUCCUGGAUUCUUCAGUCUGGUUGGAGAUCCAGACGGACAGCAGCAUCAAGUCGCUGACCCUUAAAGGAAUCCGUCACGUGACUGACGGACGCUGGCACCGCGUCAACGUCUCCAUGGCAGACUGGAAGCGCAAAGCCUCCCCCUGGGUCAUCACUGUCGAUGGAAUCACAGAUGCCACCAGCAAACAGGAGCGCACAGGAAGUCUGAGCUUCCUCAACAAGAAAGGAGCAUCGCUGGCUGUUGCAGACAGCUUUACUGGCUGUUUGGGUGCAGUGAGGCUGGGUGGGAUUUAUCUCCCCUUUACAGAUGACCAUAAAGCUCCGCAGCCCUCUCAGUUUCACAUAGUUGGAAAACCCAAAGUGCAUCUGGGCUGCAGCAGCGUGCCGGUUUGUGACUCAGGUCCCUGUCUAAAUGGAGCCACGUGUGAAGACUUGUUCAAUAAAUUUGGUUGUGUGUGUGACACGGGUUGGGAGGGAGAGCUGUGUGACACGGACACAGACGACUGCGCCUCUCAGCCCUGCGUCUACGGCAGCUGCAAGGACUACCUGGCUGGCUAUGAGUGCCGCUGUGACCCCGGUUACACCGGAACGCUGUGUGACGAAGAUGCUGAUGAGUGUGCUCUUCAUCCCUGUGAACAUGGAGGAAUCUGUCAGGAUGGGGUCAACAUGUUCACCUGUGUGUGUCCCACGGACUACAGUGGCCCCCGCUGCCAGUGGGACUAUCCUCCAUUACAAUGUGACACAGAUGUCCAAUGUGCAAAUGAUGGAAUAUGCAGAGAUGGACUCUGGGGAGCUAACUGCACAUGCAUGCCAGGUUUCACAGGCAGCAGGUGUGAACUGGAGCUUGAUGAAUGUAACUCCAACCCUUGUCGGAAUGGCGGCUCCUGUUUGGAUCGCUUCAACAUGUUUGUAUGUGAAUGCCCGCCGGGCUACAGCGGCCCGCUCUGUGAUGUCAACAAGGAGGCCCAUAAACAGGGAAUCCCGUGGCUGAUGGUGGUUGUCCCGCUGCUCUGCCUCUGUGUGGUGGUCCUGAUCAUCGGCGCCACCUUCAUGCUGCUCACAGCCAGGAAGAAGCGCCAGUCAGAGGGGGCUUACAGUCCCAGCGCUCAGGAGCUGGCCGGAGCCCGGCUGGAGAUGGACAGCAUGCUGAAGGUCCCACCAGAGGAGCGAUUGAUCUGACCGCCGGUUGCUGGCUGGAGGGAGUUCGAUCUGAUUGGAUCGCUGCAGGAUGAGCUGGGCGCUCUGACGCAUCACAAGGCACAGCCUCCGAGUGGCGGCCGACGCUUCCCAGCCCUGUAAAUGUUGUUUAUGGCGGAGCCUUAACGCUAGUUUUCUGCCAACUGACACUUAUGUGGACUGUGUGUGAGUGUGCAGCGUCACAGUCCUCUGGCUCUGCACCUGCGUUAAUGGAUUACAGCAUGUACUGUACUGGACCUAUGACUUAAAUCUCUGGCUUAACUUGUUUUCCUUGUGACACUGAGAUGCUCAGAUCCCUGCCGGAGGGAAACGUCCUGCAGCACCUCUGAUCUCUGCAGCUCUUCUCGUGGCAGGGGAAAUAGUGGAGAACUGCAGAACAGUUUGAUGUCAUCAAUUGUUUUGUCUCCAUUAAAUAAAGUGGAUUUUUACCCUGAUGUUAAUUUGUGUACAGUGCCUUGCAAAAGUAUUCAAACCCGUCAGCCUUGUAACUCCCCUGAAGGAGUUACAAGAAGGAAACUGGUGUUGAAAGAAAAUCAAGAAGUUCUGUCUGCAUUUUACCAAAAGUCAUGGAGAGGAGGCAGCAGGAAGGCGGCGUGGUAAACACACCGGUUGCUUUACUUCAACACAGCCAGAGAAGUUAGUCAGAAGGUCCAGAUCGAAAACAUGUUUUCUACAAACAUGCCUUGAAACUGAGGCACUGACUCACCUUCCAGCAGGACAACAUUCAAAUCAAGGAUUGGACUAGAUCAAAUCACAUUUGUGUGUUUGAAUGGCUGAGUCAAAGUCAGGAUCUGAACUAACUACAAGCACUAUAGCCAUAUACGUAGGUUCUAUUUCUAGAACCUCUGUUGCCAGUUUUAAGUUUGAGCUUCUCUGCUGCCAGAAAGUUUGAGCCAAACUCUGGAGUUCAUAACGGUAGAGAUGAGCCCCAGAAAGAUGCUCAAUGAGUUAUGAACUCAGGGAAGUUGAAUACAAAUGUGUGACAUAUUUUUAAGACGUUUCAUUGCCUUGUAUAAUUUUCCUUCGACUUGACCAUAACGCUUUAUUCUCGUUACGAAUCCCAAUGAACGACAAUGAAAUUUUAUGCUCCAAUGUGAGAAACUGGAAAAGGUGCGAGGGAUGCAAGUACUUUUGUAAGGCACUGUGACCCGAGACAGGAAGGGUCUGGACUCUCUACACCACGCUCAAGUUUUUAUUUAUUUAACAAAAAUCAGAAACUAAAUGUGAUGGAAGUAGGGGGGCUUCAAACAGUUCUGUUUUCAGUCUGCAUGUUCUGAUGCUGUUUAAAACGACGACCAGAACGUCAGACAUGCAAGUCAUGCACAGCAGAACUCUGUAAAAGCCUUUCGCUGCUGCCUUCUUCAUACUGGUGUUGCACUGAAUUUUCUACAAAGUUCUGUUUUUCAAACCGGUUCAGAUUGUUUAUUCAGUAUUAAUUCACAACAUGUCAUCUGAUGGAGGAAAUCCCAAUUCAGGUCCAGUUACACACUCCAAUCAGUUUCUAAUACAGACCCAUCCAAUCCACUGUAAUAUCAUUCAAAUGUCCACAAACAGCUAAUGAGAACAAGACCUUUAACAUGUUUAUGUUCCACAUGCUAGGCCAUUACUACAGCAUCCUGCAGACUGUGCUGUAAAUAACUACAGAUUACUAUGGUAAAGUGUAAUACAAAAAUGUAAGAGUUUAAGUGUGUAUCUCCCAUUGUACUUGUUGGGAGUUGUUUGAUUUUUUUGUCAAGCUGGGUGAAAUGUGUCGUCCACUGUAGGAUUACAGGACCAAACUAACACCAACUCAAGAGUCACAGAAAUGUAUGCAAAUAGUUUUAGGUUUACAUUGAGACCUUAUAUUGCAAGACUGUUGUUGUCAAGUGAAGGGCGUCUCUUCCAGUUUCACAUUAUUUAUGAGAAGGAAAUUACAACUGUCCAAGUACUGUCCGUCUUAUAGGUUUCCGUUUUAGAUGAUUAAGUACAGCAUGCAGUUUGGUUUAAAAAGUAAUCUCUCCCUGAACAUAAUUUGUGGUUGUUCAACUCUUGGCAGCAAAAAGUCAUUUGAAAGUGUUGAAUCCAUAACUCUUCUGUAAAACUUCAAACUAUUUUUCCUAAAUAGCUUCUCCCAAGUAAAGUAGAAGGGGUUUGAUCCUCCAACGCUGCCAGUUUUCAGUAGUUAAUCUACCACAGGUCAGCUGCUCCCUGGACAGACAGCUGCACUGCCGGGGGGCAGCAGAGGACACACACCUACACACACACACACCUACACACACACACCAGCACACACACGUCAAGAACAUGCAAACACCACAUAGAGCAAACCGCUGCAAUAGCAUGCAAGCUCAAUAGCAAGUUUAAAAUAAACCUGUACUUACCAUGUAUUUUUAUUAAUUCAUUUGGUCAAAUUUGCUCUGUAUGAUUUCACGUCUCUUAAUAUUUUGAGGUAUGUUUUGUAGAUGUGACAGUUAUGCAUCCUGUUCCCUGAUGCCUACAGGCUUCAUUUCCUUUCACACUGCUCACCCAUUCAGGUUGAUCCUGUUUGGCUGGAAUAUGCCGUCCAUCUAUGAUGGCAUAUCGGUGCCGUUGCAUGUAGGGGAAAAAAAAAGUUAAUUUCUGCCAAAAAACUCAAACAUUUUGAAAUUCAUUUUCAGAAAUCUUCUAGAAAACAUUAAGGUUUUUUGGCAGAAGCAUCUUUUUUUCCGUUUACAACGGCGCUAAUACUCCGAUGUACCAUCAUGUUAGAAAGAAACAAAAAUCGACCUGAAAUCUCUUUCAGCUGUUAUUCCAGUUUUGCAUUAAUACCAUGAUAGAUAAACUGAUAUUUUUUUUGUUUCUGUUGCGAAUAUUUUCAGAGUACAGUAAUUCUGUGACAUUAUCUAAGCGGCACAAAAACAAUGAAAAAAUGGUGCAUAUGUGAAAAGGAAACAAAGUUUUCUCCUCUUGUUGCACUUGAAUUCUUAUUGCUGCCAGUGUUUACAUUAAUGCUGAUGCUCGUCUACAUGAGAAGUUCAUUUGAAAAAUAAAAUAUGGAGUUUUUUA